CGCAUUGUUACCCUUCAUGUCGUUUAGCCUCGAUCAUCCAGUAUUCCAUUCGCCUUCGGUCUUCACGGUGCCUAAAGUACUACUCUACGCUUGGUUCUUUGUCUAUAUAUGCCUCGUUGACCCCCCACUCCAUCACUCCUCCACACCCAACCAGUAUAUUGAUUCAUCUGCCUACUCUUGAGUCUUCAACAUUUAUCUGAACCUUAAACUUCCCUUAUUGGAAGGAUACCUGCUCACCUUCUCCAACAUUGGACACCCCGGCUGUCCUAUCCUAUGCCCACCAUGCACCGUUCUUCCACCUACUCAUAUGGCCACUCGACCAGCUCGAGGGCUUCUUCGAAUCACGGGACAAGCAGUGCCUUCAGUCCCAACGCCAACCCUAAUGAGGACUGGACCAAGAUAUCCGAUCUGGCCGAGCGUCGUCGAAUUCAGAACCGAAUCGCCCAGCGUAACUACCGCAAGAAGUUGAAGCGUCGCCUGGAAGACCUGGAAAAGCGCGCAGCAUCCACCUCUGAGUCCCCAGAGCAGACCCAUGAGAAGCUGGAACCGCCCAAGACCAUGGUGAAACCUCGCGCCAAAUCCCACCGCGUAUCCAAGUCAACUUCGGAUGCCACCAGCCGGACGGCGACGGAGCGAGCGCCUGCCUAUGACUACUACUCGGCGCCAGACGACCGCAGCUCCAUGUUCUCACACCAAUGCACCCGACAGCUCUCGGCCUCGCCCCCGCCGGUCUUCUCUUAUCCCUCCUAUCCGCACCUGGACCCCUACGGACAGUCGGUCUACGCACACCCUCACGGAUACCACACCAUCCCCACCUCCUACAACGAUACGUACCAAAACGACUACGGCUCCCCGAUGCCCUCGAUCCUCCCCGUCACCAUGGCACCCACCGGCCCCGUGAAGCGUCCUCAUCCCUACGCAGAUGAGGACAUCGUCAGUCCGUUUAGCAUGAGCUAUGCGUCUAUGGCUGGUAUAGAUCUAUGCCCGACUCCUCAACACUUUGCCGAGAACAAUAUCCCUAUCCCGCCAUUGUCGCACGUUUACAGCGAUGAUCACUCUUCUCCGUCGACGCCUCCGGAGCCUUCCAUCAUGGCUUGCCCUCUCACCCCCGAGUCUGGCCCAUGCUCGCCGCACUCGUUUCCAUUAUUUUGAUAUCCCAGCCCCAUAUGACGAAGUUUGAAUUUGUUCAGUUAUGAUUAUAUACGAUUUUUCUUUCUUUCUUUUGUUUUAUUUCUUUUCUUUUCCCCUGAUUUCCCUUUUCUCCUUUGUUCACGCUCUGAUAUGGGAUUGGAAAAGGCGUGUUUUGGAUUGCCCCCAUCUCCUAUUCCGGCAAGAUUUUGUGUUGCAACUGGUCCAGCUGAACGCUGGUUUUAGGGCCAAUAGAUGCAUGAUGAAUGGCGUUCCUCCUGGAUGACAUGGAGUGUUCCUUGGUUGAUUUGUUGAUUUAUCCCGGAAAGGGAAAGCGAAGUGCUUGAUACUGUACGAACUUACGAAUACAAACACGAUAAAGCAUAAAGAAA